AUGGAUCGCGACACCAGGAUCAUCACUCCCCUCGAGGUGGAGGGCAUGAUUGCCGACGGACGCACCGUCAUUAUCCUCGACGAGAUGGUGUUGCGCCUCGACGGCUGGCUCGACAAGCACCCUGGCGGCAAGUUGGCCAUCAUGCACAUGAUUGGAAGGGAUGCGACCGACGAAAUCAAAGUGUAA